CAGGGGGAGGAGAGGAAAGGGAGUGGAGCGAGAUAAGACGACCGGAGGAGAUCCAGCACACAGAGACCAAUUUACUCGGACCAUCCUCUGCACAGCCCGACUACACACGGUGCUCCGCUCCGGCCCCCGAAGAACCGCACCGAACCGGAUUGUCCUCCGCGGUCCGGCCGGGGAACAGAAACCAGAAGAUGAUCACGGCCCAGUGGAAGCUGUGGAGAUAGGCCUGGAAGCAGAGCCUGGUCAUCUCACUAACCUUGGUCUCUGAGUGCUGUCACACAAUCCGGGGCUUCGUGAGGCGACUGGUUCGUCCUUUGACCCCAUCCGGCCAGUCCCACCCUGUGGCCCUGCAGCGUGGCCCCUACAAACCCAUCCUCACUACUUACAGUUGAUUUGUCCGCGGGGAUAAAUGAGUGAACCGGCUGCAAGGGAAAGGGCUGGGACAUGUACCAGAACCCCGACAGAAUGUCCUGGUUCAGUGGGUUCCUAGUCGCCAGAGUGGACGACCGCAAGACCGCGUGGGGGGAGCGCAAUGGCAAGAAGUCCAAACGAAAGGGAGGCUCAUCUCUCUGCAACCCGCGCUACAUGAGCUGUCUGCGGGACCCAGAUGCUAUGGAGCCCCCUUCCGGAGCCCCCCACCAUCAGCACCACCGCGGAGGCGGGGCCGGGGCCGGGGGAGGCGGGGGGAAAUUCGGCGUCCGUUGCGGGUGGCAGGAGGACCACUACGGCAAAAGGGGAGGGGCUCCCGGGGAAGGGGUGGGGCUGAAAUCGGUCGACUUGGGCUUCGAGGACGGCGAGCCGAAGGGGAGGAAAGGGGGAUGCAACGGGGGAAGCGGGGACGCGGGCGACGACGGUCCCAACGGCGCGGCGGGCGUGGUGACGGCUGCCGACUGCUGGCUCAGGGUGGUCCAGGUGUUCCAGUCUAAAAAAUUCCAGUCCCGCAACCUGGAGCGCCUGUACCAGCGCUACUUCUUCAGACUGAACCAGAGCUCCCUGACCAUGCUCAUGGGGGUGCUGGUGAUCGUGUGCGGCAUCAUGCUGACCUUCCACUGUGUCCACGCCGCCCCGCACGUCGCCUACUCGUCGGCCCUGUCGGUGGCGAUGGCGCUCUUCGUGGCUCUCAUGGUGGUGUGCAACCGCAGCGGCUUCCACCAGGACUACAUGUGGAUGGUCAGCUACCUGGUGAUCGGGGUGCUGCUCUCCGUGCAGGUGUUCGGGGUGCUCAUGGUGGCACCCAGGAGCGCCUCGGAAGGCAUCUGGUGGUCCGUGUUCUUCAUCUACAUCAUCUACACUCUGCUGCCCGUGAGGAUGAGGGCGGCCGUGGUGAGCGGAGCGCUGCUGUCCAUCAUACACGUGGUCACGUCAUGGCAGAUCAAUCAAGAAGACCAGUUCCUCUGGAAACAGGUGAGCGCCAACGUCCUGAUCUUCCUGUGCACUAACAUCAUCGGCAUCUGCACCCACUACCCCGCCGAGGUGUCCCAGAGGCAAGCCUUCCAGGAGACCAGAGGAUACAUCCAGGCCAGGCUGCACCUGCAGAGGGAGAAUCAACAGCAGGAACGUCUGUUGCUUUCAGUGUUGCCAAGGCACGUUGCCAUGGAGAUGAAGGCUGACAUCAAUGCCAAGAAGGAAGACAUGAUGUUCCAUAAAAUCUAUAUCCAGAAACACGACAAUGUCAGUAUCCUGUUUGCCGACAUCGAGGGUUUCACCAGCCUGGCCUCCCAGUGCACGGCCCAGGAGCUGGUCAUGACCCUCAAUGAACUCUUCGCCCGCUUCGACAAGUUGGCGUCGGAGAAUCACUGUCUGCGUAUUAAAAUUCUGGGUGAUUGUUACUAUUGUGUGUCCGGGCUGCCUGAACCCCGCGCUGACCACGCCCACUGCUGCGUGGAGAUGGGCGUCGACAUGAUAGAGGCGAUCUCGCUGGUGCGAGAGGUCACGGGGGUCAACGUGAACAUGCGCGUCGGGAUUCACAGCGGGCGAGUGCACUGCGGCGUGCUGGGACUCAGGAAGUGGCAGUUUGACGUGUGGUCAAACGACGUCACGCUGGCCAAUCACAUGGAGGCGGGAGGCAAAGCGGGGCGGAUCCACAUCACGAAGGCCACCUUGCAGUAUCUUAACGGAGACUACGAGGUGGAGCCCGGCUUUGGAGGUGAGAGGAACGCGUACCUGAAGGACAACAGCAUCGAGACCUUCUUGGUUCUCGGAUGCAGCGAGAAACGGAAGGAGGAGAAGGCAAUGAUGGCGAAGAUGCAGCGAACGAGAGCCAACUCUAACGAGGGUCUGAUGCCGCGCUGGGCCCCCGACAGAACCUUCUCCAGAACCAAAGACUCCAAAGUCUUCAGACAAAUGGGGAUUGAUGAGACCUCCAGUAAAGACAACCGUUGCGUUCAGGAGGCCAUAAACCCGGAGGACGAGGUGGAUGAGUUUCUGGGGAGAGCCAUCGACGCUCGCAGCAUCGACCAGCUAAGAAAAGACCAUGUGAAGAAGUUUCUACUCACCUUCCAGACGUCCAGCCUGGAGAAAAAGUAUUCCAAGAAGGUGGACGAUCGUUUUGGAGGCUACAUUGCGUGUACUCUGCUAGUCUUCUGCUUCAUAUCCUUCAUACAGAUUGUUAUCUUCCCACACACCCCGGUCAUGCUGGGAAUCUACAUCAGUAUCUUCGUCAUUCUCGUCAACAUCCUUUUUAUUUGUGCCAUAUAUUCUUGCAUCAAGCUCUUUCCGGCUGCAAUGCAGACGGUUUCAAAGAAGAUUGUCCAGUCUCGCACCAACAGCACCCUGGUCGGAGUAUUUACCAUUAUCCUCGUUUUCAUCUCUGCCUUUGUUAAUAUGUUUGCCUGUGACACCAUGAGCUUGGAACAAUGUGUUGCCGAGAAGCUGAACACCACUGCAGCGCUGGUGACGCCCUGUUUGAUCCGCAGCCUGAAUGUGUCCGCUGAAGGGGGUCUGGAGAUCUGCCCGAGCCGAGGCCCCUCCUGCCCUUUUCCUGAGUAUUUCAGCUACAGCGUGCUGCUGACGCUGCUGGCCUGCUCGGUGUUCCUGCAGAUCAGCAGCAUAGGGAAGCUGGCCCUCAUGCUGCUCAUCCAGCUCACCUUCCUGCUGCUGGUGGAGUGGCCACAAGUAGCACUGUUCGACAACGCAGACCUCUUUGUCACCUCCAAUGCCAUUGAUUUAAAUGAAACUAGUGCUCAAUGGUCCAGUUUCAAUGCUACAAACCAGUGCCCAUUCGUCGUGACCAAAGUGUCCCUGAGGGUCAUGACUCCAGUGAUCCUCACAGUAUUUGUCCUGGCACUGUACCUGCACGCCCAGCAGGUUGAAUCCACCGCACGCCUCGACUUCCUGUGGAAACUAGAGGCCACAGAGGAGAAGGAGGAGAUGGAGGAACUGCAAGCCUACAACCGUCGCCUCCUCCAUAAUAUUCUGCCCAAGGACGUAGCCGCUCACUUUUUGGCGCGUGAGCGGCGCAACGACGAGCUAUACUACCAGUCCUGUGAGUGCGUGGCCGUCAUGUUCGCCUCCAUCAGCAAUUUCGCCGAGUUCUACGUGGAGCUGGAGGCCAACAACGAGGGAGUGGAGUGUCUCCGGCUGCUCAACGAGAUCAUCGCCGACUUUGACGAGAUCAUCAGCGAAGAGAAGUACAGGCAGCUCGAGAAGAUCAAGACCAUUGGCUCCACCUACAUGGCGGCGUCCGGGCUCAACGACUCCACCUACGACAAGGAGGGCCGCUCGCACAUCAUCGCUCUGGCCGACUACGCCAUGAGGCUGAGGGAGCAGAUGAAGUACAUCAACGAGCAUUCCUUCAACAACUUCCAGAUGAAGAUAGGUCUGAACAUCGGACCGGUGGUCGCCGGGGUUAUCGGUGCACGGAAACCUCAGUAUGACAUUUGGGGCAACACGGUCAAUGUGGCCAGUCGGAUGGACAGCACAGGUGUACCUGACUGCAUACAGGUGACCACAGACCUCUACCAGGUGCUCGCAAACAAAGGCUACGUGCUGGAGUACCGGGGGGUCGUUAAGGUCAAAGGUAAAGGGGAGAUGACGACCUACUUCCUGAACGAAGGGCCGCCCGGCAGCUAGCGGCCGCGGCGGCAGCAGCAGCGACGACGAGGGGACGAGCCCCGCUUCAGAGACACGGCGCCACGCAGCGAGGACUCACGGUGUGGCCGAACGGCUUAAAAAACUAGAGACGCCAUCACUUGAAUGAAUCCCAAGUACAGAGGGGCGGGCGGGGGGGGGAAUGAAAUAAACUUUUAAAGACUUCAAAAAGGAAAGUGUUCUUGAUGAGAGGAAGAAAUGUUCUCGUUUGGCGGCCAUUUUGGCUCACAUCACAUGUUGAAGGACACGUGUUUUUCCUCAUGUCUCGCUCGCCUCUCUCUCAGGCUUCUUGAAAGAUGCAAAGUCUGUAAAACAACGCCUUUUAGCCUGUGUCAAAAGAAGAUUUAACGCUGUACAUAAGGCUACCUUCUAGUUUUUACUCUGAGGUUUGUUGGUUUUAUUUCUUUUUUAUUUCACAUGAACAGGUACUCAUACUUUGUUUCUGAAUUGAUUAUUUAUUUAAAUAUAGAUGUUUUGUGCAAAAGGUCCUUUAUGAAAAAGUGUGGAUACAUAGGUGCACAAAUAUCCAGUUUAUUACACGUUUAUAAGUGUGUAUGCAAGUGCAUAUUUGUGCGCGUAUGGAUAUAUGUAUAAACUGAGGAGGAAUAUAUUGACCAAAGACUAAAGUAUUUACUAAAAGCAAGGCAAGACAUGUCUGAUAUGUUUUCGCUAAAGUCAGCAAUGAUCACCGCUUGGUUUUUUUAGGGGAGGAGGCCGUGUGAACCCUUCUGUCUUUAUGGCCAACUGCUGGCAACACAGGCUGCGUCAUUGUUUUCUUAGAAAUAUGUACAAUUUAUUUAUUUAGUCUGUCACUCAGGCAACAAAGCUGAUCACUUUAAAUUGUGACGUUGCCCUCAACCUCGAAAGAAAACUAAAUUACUUAAAGACGACUACAGAUGUUAUUAGAAGGCGAUAUCUGAAAUCUAUAUUUUGUAUCUGUGAGGACUAGAAGUAGCUCCAGCUGGGAUUAGGAUCCUCUUCAUCCUCAUUCCAUGUCAGAUUGGUUCCUUAGAGCUCGAGCAGCCGGUGUGCAGCCGGUUUCAGACCUUACAGGAUAUUGUCAUCGCAGCUUGUUCCCUUUCAAAGACAUUUUUUUUUGGUGGGGUUGCAGACGGAAAGAAAGGAAGUUCAAAAUCAGAGCCUUCGGAGGGGGGGAGGGGGGGAAGAAAACCUUGGAUUUCAACGUAUUGGUAACACACAGAUGGAUUCUUCUAUGAAGAAGAAAUAGAUGAAAGAAAUAUAUAUAUAUAAAUACAUACACUACCGUUCAAAAGUUUGGGGUCACCCAGACAAUUUCGUGUCUUCCAUGAAAACUCACACUUUUAUUUAUCAAAUGAAUUGAACAUUUCAUGGAACAUAUAGUCAAGACAUUGACAAGGUUAGAAAUAAUGAUUAAUAUUUGAAGUAUUAAUUUUGUUCUUCAAACUUCAAUCUCAAAGGAAGGCCAGUUGUAUAGCUUAUAUCACCAGCAUAACUGUUUUCAGCUGUGCUAGCAUAAUUGCACGGGUUUUCUAAUCAGAUAUUAGUCUUCUAAGGCGAUUAGCAAACACAAUGUACCAUUAGAACACUGGAGUGAUAGUUGAUGGAAAUGGGCCUCUAUACACCUAUGGAGAUAUUUCAUUAGAAACCAGACGUUUCCACCUAGAAUAGUCAUUUACCACAUUAACAAUGUAUAGAGUGUAUUUUUGAUUAAUUUAAUGUUAUCUUUAUUGAAAAAACAGUGCUUUUCUUUGAAAAAUAAAGACAUUUCUAAGUGACCCCAAACUUUUGAACGGUAGUGUAUAUAUAUUGAUUUUGACUGAAUGCUGUGCUUUAUAAUCCUGAAGGGGCAUAACUAUUUUCACUGUGAGGUUUUUAACGAUACAACAAAAACUGCUUUCUUGCCAAACAUAACCGCUUCGAAGCAUGUCUGAUUGUGGUAUCUCGUUUUCAUUUUUUGUUUGUUUUAACGUAGGGUAUUUUGUAUCACUUCUGUAUCCAUCAUUUGUAUAUUCUUAAUGUUAUUAUUAUUAUUAUGAUGAUGAUUAUGAUGAAUUAUUAUGCUUAUUAUGAUGAUUCCAUUCCAAUGAAAAGGAUCAAAGACCAGCACGCUUUCUUGUAAAAUGCAAGUUGUAAAGCUCAAGCUCACUGGUACCAACUGAUCAACUGCAGCCAAUUAAUUCUGCAGUUCAGUCCUAAUGUACAAUACAGUAUUUCAUCACGUAUAGUAAGUAAUAACCAUUUGCUGCCUUUGCAGCGGAAGCCGUGGGGUGUAUGCUCACGUAAGCAUAGCAGUAAACACACACAUAGACAGAUGAUUCACUGUGCUUUUUACAUUUUUUUAUUUAUGCCACUCCUGCAGUAUUGUAAAUCUCAGUCGGGCUUGAAGGUGACCUCUCCCUCCCACACAUUGACUUCUCAGUAGUAACACAUGACAUCUCUGGUGUUGCACUAUGUGAAGAGGACAUCAUAAAAAAAAACCUAUACGUAUAUUUAUUGUAUUAUUUCCUCCCCCAACCCUUCCACACUCAGUAGAAGUACGAAUAGCUGAGUUUAAUUGCCUUAAGUUAACAAACAUAAAUCACAGAACAUCGCUGAACAGGGGCAGUGCCUGCUCGCCCUGCCCAGCGAUGACGGAGAAAACGGGAUAAGGGCUUGUCGAGAAUAAUCUCCAGUACACAUUCUCAUCGUUUGCAGCGACCCCGGUUUAGCUCCUCCGACUCCACUCGACAACGGCCACCAACAGUUGAUCAUGUUCGUACCAAAGCCAGCUCACGCAGCCGUGUGCUAUCGGUCCCCUCCUGUGCAAUGAGAUUUGGCCUUGGGGGCGCGGUGGGAGCACCAGAGGACAGUGAUGUAAUAGAUCGCCAAUUAUUAAGGGAACUGUGACCAAUGAAGAGCGAUUCAUGUAAGCAGAGCGUUUAUCGAAUGGAAAUGAGUUUAUAAAAAUGUGCAUCGUAUGUAUUCUAUUUCUAUUGCUGUCCAUAGACUUGUGUUGAUUGUUAACUCUUGGGACGUUUUUGGGGGGACGGGAGAGGGGAGGAAGGCUUCCCCCGUACUACUGUUUUGCUCAGGCCUGGUGAAUCCUUCCCUCUUUGUUUUUGUUUUAUUUGUAUUUUCCCUGAGUUGGAGGAGUUGAAAGGGGAGUGCUUUUUCUUUGUUUGCAAAGUCGAAGGUGAAGAAGAGUUGAGGACUAUGACAAAGAGAAAAAUAACAUUUCCCCUUGAAGAAAAAAUAAUAAUAAAAAAAUCAAUGGCU